CACCAUGAUCCACUGGUACAGCCUGCAUUAGUCUCAGAGAAAGACACAAACCGUAAACAAUGUAACAUCGGACAUCUGAAAGCAUUGAUGCAAAACAUAACUAUAGCUGAAAACGUCCCGGAAAUAUAAGCUAAGUAAGUGCACGUGAUGGAAAGCCCUGAGAUGACUUUGGCGAGGAGGAAAAACGCACCCUAACGACGCGAGUACUUCUCUUCUUCCAUUCUGACCUCGCUUUACUUUGCUCCGAGGUGAAGGCGGACCUGGAGAAACAGACCUGGAGAAACAGAUACACGGAAGGUCUGUUCAGCGCAUGAGAUUGCUGUGCAGAAUCGGAGUUUGAGCAUUAUUUUCCUCUCCCAGUCUGCGGCCAUGCUCCAGGCAUCUUCAUCCGAUCUGUUCCCUACCUGAGGGAGACGAAAGGAUACAGCCUUCUAGUCCUCUAACCUAUAUUUUGUCGCAAUGGCUUUAAUCGGAUGAUGGGUUUAUUCGUUCAAGGUAGUUCCUAAGGUAUUUGAGCUAAGGAAGGAGGAGGGUUGCUUCAGCUGGAUGUAAGGUUUCAGGCACGCGCUGUUGUUUAUUUGUUAAGGCAACACAAGUGGAACGAAUUGCUGAAGUUUGUGACGAUGAGAGAUGCAACUCAGGAGAUGCAAAUCUCGUGCACAUCUUUAGUUCUUUUUGUUUUGUUUGUUUUGUUUUGAUAGAUUCGAGCGUAUAACCGUGAGCACUCUCUCCAGGACAGGUGUGAUGUAAACAACCAGUGACAAACGCAACUGUAAACUCCUUCUUCCUAGUCGCAUACGUUCAAGUUACGCUAUGCGAACUUGUCGCUAGUGUGGGACUGAAUCUGCACUGAUUGCAUCCGAGUGUCUGUGUCCGGACUCGGUCAUGGGAGCGAAGCAGGCGAAGAGCCCGGAUGAGGCAGGCGCCAGUCCUUUAAGCGCGCGCUGCAGGAGGACACCGACACGCGAGCGCAGUAAUGACGUGCGCGCCUCGCUCGUGUUGCGCGCUGGGGAGAGACUCGCGCGCACCGGACCUCCGCCUCCGUACCAGCGCCGUGUGGGCAUGAUUCAGGACAUGAUGCACAUGGCCAAGCAGGGAAAACACGACGAGGCCACAGAGAUGCUCAGAACCCUACGACAGGACCUGGGAAUGGAGUCAACCUCGUUGGAUGAUGUCCUUUAUCGCUACGCCAGUUUCCGGAACCUGGUGGAUCCUAUUACACACGACCUCAUUAUCAGUUUGGCCAGAUACAUUCAUUGCCCGAAGACGGAAAGUGAUUCUUUGGGAGCAAUGGAGAAGGUGUGCCGUCAGCUGACCUACCAUCUGAGUCCACACUCACAGUGGAGACGGCAGGGCCUGCUGAAGAGGAAACCUCAGUCAUGCCUAAAAGCUGUUCUUUCUAAUCCACCGGUCAAUGGAGCGUUAGACCUCUCCAGUAUUCCUCUGGGAGUGAAGGAUAUGGAGCGGCUGUGCUCGCACCUGCAGCGGUAUGCCUCUCGUGUUUCCAGCCUUGAGCUAGGAUUCACAGAGCUCACAGAUGAGGCCUUUCUUUUACUCCUGCCCACGCUGGCCUCACUGCCUCGGCUUGAAACACUGGCACUCAAUGGCAACAGGCUGACACGAGCCGUGCUCAAGGAGCUGACAGACACACUGAAGGAACCUGAUCGCUUUCCAAGCAUCACGUGGAUAGACCUUGGAAACAAUGUAGACAUCUUCUCGCUGCCACAAUCUUUCCUAGUAAGCCUGCGUAAGCGCUGCCCCAAGCAGGGCAACCUGCCUACCAUCCUGGAAUUUGGAGAGAGCCAGGCAAGUGAACCAGACGCCCGGCCAGAUGAGGAUGACACGGAUAACACCGACGAUACAAACAAGACACUGAGCUUGGGCGAGCUCAGGUCUGAGGUGGAUUGUGAGAUAGAUGGAGAGAUGGAGAUCGAAGAGAUGAUGGAGGAGCUGCUUGACUUUGAUAGAGAGGUCAGAGGUCCAGAUGAUGAGGACAGUGUGUGGACCAUGGAGGAGCUGAGGGCUGCAAGAAGGCCAUAUGAAAUACAAAGCAGUGUGAAAAAAGCAACUAAGGCUGAAGGUGAAGAGGACACACGCAGCCGGAGCUCACAGCUGUCAUGUUCUAGUCAGUCACAGGACUCUUCAGAAGCGUUCAAGGAUGGAAAAAAGGAUACUGGUGUGGAUCAGGUGCCUUGUUCUUCAGGAAACCUGACCUGAGCGUCUUUGCUCCAUUUAGAAAUUGUAGCCUUUAAACCCGUCAAGUUCAAAGAGUCAGGAGAGACCAUGCGUUACAGGUCAGGACUGUUUACAGGUCAUAGUAUCAUAGUAUCUGAAUAUCAAGGUGUUGAAAGAUUGCAGGGGAUGACUCAUUUAAAAUAAAGGACUAUGUGGGGAAAAAAUUAUAUUUUGUGUAUAUUAAACAUAAAACUAAAGCCCAUACCACUUAUGAGGUACAAGAAUCAUAUAAUAUAGAGUAAGGUAAGAUACCCUUUGCAGUUUAUAUUCUUCUCUUUCAGGUAAUACCCCUUGGUUAUAUAGUCCUAUAUAAAGACUUUUACCUAUGUGCCUGUCUGACCUUGUUAAAGCGGAGUCUGUGCAGAUGUGUAAUGGUCUGUCUCUGAGUGGGAACGCAUGUUUUUCCAAUGCACAGGGUGAUAGAGAUGGAGACAAACUCACCAGCCUGACAUGAUCGUCUAGCUUGGACAUAUCCUUCUCCAUCUAUGCAUCUGUUUCUACAUCCCAAGCAAGAAAAUGUGUCUUUGAAAUGCAUGUCCCAAGAGUCAGAACAGCCUGUACGCCUGAAGAAAAAAAGCAAGAGGAAACCAAAUACUUCAACAAUUCCCGCAGUUCAACUUCAGAAUAUUUGUUGUGCUUUAUGAUGGACUGGUACCAAAGACUGGAAGACAGAAUAACAUAAAUGUCCUGAUUAUUUCAAUGUAAUGAAAUGUAUCAAAGCUUUGCUCUUCCUUUUAUACAGAUAUUCUAAUCUGCUCUAUAAUUGCAUUUUAUUUAGUAUAUUUUUAAUAUAAUCACCCAGCCAUUGUGUUUGUUUGAAAUAUCAAUUAACCAGUUAUGACCCAUUUGUAGCUCCCAUUAAUGAGUAUUUCAUCACCAGCGCAUACUCAUGCACCAGUAGGUCCAAUCUUUAGUAUAUUAAGCAUCUUGAAUACAGUUUAUGACAAGGCUCAUAUUAUCCCUCAACAUAAUACAUACGAAGUCGGUGAAUGAGCCAUUUUCAAGUAUUAGUCUGUUGUUCUGCUCUUUUACAGAGUUUCUGUAAUAAAUAUAUUAUUUUGUAAGGACAAUAUUCAUGUUGUAGACUGGUUGAUGUAACAUAUUCUGAUUAUCUUAGUGAUGCGAUUUAAAAUUCAUUGUUACCACAUACCCUGAUAAGAUUUCUUUGGUAUUUAAUUAUUUGAGAAGCCUCAAGCAAGAAGAAAAUAUUAGAAAUAUAAACGUAAUAUUAAGAUCUCUCGAAGAAACCUAAGGCCCUGUGGUCUAACAGGCACAUUAACAUCUUAAUGAAAAUAAUCCCCCAGAACAAUUUAUAUAUCAAUCUUUCUUUAACAUGUUAUCCUCAAUAGUAUUCAAGAUUUUUUUAUUUUUACUGCAAUUUUAAAUUUUGGUUUCAUAAAUUACUUGCAACGCCAUUUGCUGAAUAAUGGUCUGGUACGAGUCUGUCCAUCUCUCUCGACUCUUUAUCUGUACACUCUGCUCAAACAGAUUAGCCUUAAAAUUCUUAUACUGCCGUCAAUGUGAUCAUGCCAAAUACAUAGGAUUUCUUGUAAAGCUGUUUCUUUCCUUUUUUAUGGUCAGCGAGACAAUGUGUUUGUAGUAGCUGUGUUUUGUGUUUUGAUACAACAAAAUCUGGCUGCAACCAGUUUAACCGUACAACUUAGAUUCCUAACUCAGAGAAAUAAUAAAAAUACAGCACCGACCAAUAAAAUAGCCCGAGUAUUACUAAGCAUUUUGCAAAUAUUUCCU